GCUUUCUGCUGAUUGGGUGAGAGGAAACCACCCCAGGGAUUGUCAGUCAAUUACAGCGAGCUACACUUCAUUCACAGAUUUAUUAGCAUGUGCGCGCGGGCGGGGGGAAACAAACUCAUUCAUAAAACGUUCAUUCACAAAAUUGCACCAAUUCCUCUUGUCCACUUGAUUUACUGACCCUACCAUGGUGUCCCCGCCUUGCAACUCGCAGCCGGGGCUGACUGUUGUUUAGGGGCAAUGCCAUCUUAAGACAUUAAGACCCUUACCCGGUUAAGCAGUGUCAGUUUUAGCGUCCUGAAGAGCACCUUUUGGAAGACGGAUUUAUAAAAGCCCCCUCCCCGGUCAACGUUAUUGAGUCUUUUUUUUAGAUACAGAUCUUGAGGGCAAGGGGAGGGGGCAAUUCAAACGACUGGGACUACCUCUUUCAGUGGGUGGAGGGGAGAUCUAACCCACUAGGGCUUUUGAUGUUAAACCUGAGUUGCCUUUAGAGGUGGAUGCAUUAUUGUCUGGAUCGUGCGAGAGAGAAAAGAGGGGGGUCAGUGGGUCGGCUGACUGGGCAGUAGCAGCAGAGUCGAGGGCAGAUACACCAGUCAUUUCCUCCACCCCCCACACACCUCUCCUUAAAGCAGCGCGAUCCAAACUUGUACAUCAUUGCAGUUUGAGAACGGGGGUGUCGCACAGUACAUCAAAGCGGCGUCUUUUGUUUAUUUUUUUUCUGAGUGGGGAAAGCAGUUUUACUGUGUUAGCAUGAGGCACAGGGCAUCAACGACACGUCGAUGAAACCAACGCGGUUUUGGUCUAGUCUAGCCUAGCCUGUGGCUGCUUUCAGAACUCCAAAAGCUCUCGGAGAGCCGGAUUGUUUUCGGCAGUAGGGCUAUGAGAGAACGUGUUGGUUGUAAUUUUACUGGACCCUCAUCAUAUGUUGAAGGAUUUUUCAGAACGUCGGGCAUGCUUCACAGGGCAAAGUACAGUCGUUUCAGAAACGAUUCUUUAACAUCAUUAGAUGACACCCCGUCCAGCGCUUCGCUGAGGGUCAAGAAUUCCUCCAGCUCCCCUUGCUCUCCACUGACGCCCGGCUCUCCAGCAGAUGAACUCUCAACCGAGUCAGGGCACGCUUCGACCGCUCUGUGCACCUUCACCCCCAAGAUGACCAACCUGAAACUGUCUAACCCGGCCAGCCUGCUUGGUCUCAAGAGCUUGUCACUGGGCGCGAAAGAAAUAGCCCGGGUGAAAGUGACCGACACCUUCAGCGCUCAGAGUCUCUCUUCCUCCGCUCUUGAUCUAACCAGCUGCCUCUCUGCAUUCCCUCACCCCAAACAGGAGCUCCACAAGUUGGCCACAAGCACAAUGCAAAUUGGAGAGGGGCAAUCCGUCAGCAAAGACUGGGCCAAAGUUUCGCCACUUCCCCGGGGCGAUGUUCUGAGCUCUGGCGCACUGUACGCCGUGAGAUAUAUGGGCUGUGUCGAAGUAUUGCAAUCCAUGAGGUCACUUGAUUUCAAUACAAGAACCCAAGUCACGAGAGAAGCAAUAAGCAGAGUGUGUGAGGCUGUGCCAGGUGCAAAAGGAGCCAUGAGAAGAAGAAAGCCUCCCAGCAAAGGGUUGUCUACAAUCUUGGGGAAGAGUAACCUCCAGUUUUCAGGAAUGAACAUCAUAAUGAGCAUCUCUACACGCAGUCUCAAUUUGAUGCUCCCACAUUCCAAACAGAUCAUCGCCAACCACCACAUGCAGUCAAUCUCAUUCGCCUCUGGAGGUGAUCCAGACACAACUGAUUAUGUUGCUUAUGUUGCCAAGGACCCAGUAAAUCAAAGAGCCUGCCAUAUUCUAGAGUGUUCUGAUGAUUUAGCCCAGGAUGUUAUAAAUACCAUCGGAAAAGCAUUUGAACUUCGUUUUAAACAAUACUUGAAGAAUUCACCUGUAGUUAUUACACCUAAUGAAAGAAGACCAGGCAUUGCAAUAUGGAAUGUGGAGGGUGAUGAAGAUCAGAACCAUGGAUACUACAAUGAAACAGCAGGUAAACUAGCACCACCUGGAAGUCCACAAAAUCCAAAAGUAAAGAAGGACACAGCAGCCUACAGUAAUAACAACCAAACAAAAAAAGAUGGAGACUUUUUGCAGACUGCUAGCCCAUCAUCUGUUACUACUUAUGAAAAUUAUUCAGAUCCACACAAAGAAACCUUCAUUAUGGCAGGCAAUUCAUGGACUAGAUUUCCACAAACUAAUAGAAAUAUUCUGCCAAUCAAAGCCAUCAGCAGGUCUGAUCUUUUUGAUGAUCCAUCUUACAUGAACACCCAGCAUAUGGAAAACCCCACCUCUUCUGCCAGGAGUGGAACUUCAGGCCAGAUCUUUGAUAUCAUGUGCAAAGAUGUAUAUGACCAAAAACAAGCAGACGUUGCAACAGUCAACAGUGCUACAGCUGUCCCACUGUCUACCAGCUUGUCUUCCAUGAGAGAACAACUGGCAAAGGAAGUCUGGUGGCGUGGAAGAAUGAGCAGACAGGAAGCUGAAAGGCUACUGAUAAAAGAUGGUGACUUUCUAGUGCGCGAAAGCGUAACUACAUCAGAACAAUAUGUACUGACUGGGUUGCAGGGAGGACAAGCUAAGCAUUUACUACUGGUGGACCCUGAAGGCUUGGUGAGAACAAAGGACUGCAUAUUUGAUAGUGUCAGUCACUUGAUCAGCUACCACAUGGACAACCAACUGCCAAUCAUCUCAUCAGGAAAUGAACUCUACCUUAAAAGAAAUGUCUAAAAUGAACAUUAAGCAACUUUUGGACAAAAAAAGAGUUUGCUUACAGAUACAGCCAUUUGCACUUGCCUGGAUAGUUUGGAAAGCUGUCUGACUGAGAACCCACAGGCCAUGUAGGCUGCAAUGGUCACAAUCACUUUGUACUUCAGACAUGGUGUUUGCUACAAGAAGAUAAUUUUAAUGUGUCAAUGUAUAUAAUAUUUUAGGAACAUGUAUGAAGAAAUUAGUGUAGUUACAUACUGUGUGACUGUUUUUCUUUAUUUCUAAGCACAAAUGGCAUUGAGAACAUGCAAAAGUCAAUCCUAAUGAACUACAGAUCAUAAAAAUGUGCCUUGAUUUCAAAGAGAUUACAGCAUAUGAAGAAUCUCCUCUUUUCCGAAUGAUUUUAUAUGCUGGAUACUGCAAAUAAAAUCACUUGUUUGGAACCUGUUUCACUACCUUUGCACGAGAAUUCUAGGAAGCAAAAACAUUUAGGAAGUGGAAUAGUGUUUUAGUCAUGCUUUUGCUCUGUACCAAUGCAGUUUGCAUUUUGAGUUCCAAUGUCCCACAUUGCUUUGAAAAGCACUUUAUGAAUGCGGGGCUUUACCGCUUUCCUUUAUUUUUGAAAUGUUAAAAGAUCUGUCACAAACACGCACCUAUCCAUACGUAUGUGUGUGUGUGUACGUGUGUGUGUGUGUGUGUGUGUGUAUAUAUAUUCAUACAUAUAAAAUAAAUACAUUUAUAAAAGAAUUGAUUUUUUUCAUUCAAGUUAUGUUUACUGGUGUACUAAAGCUGUUGGGGAAAAUAAAUUUUGCAAGAUCAGACAAAUCUUUUCAUAAUGAUAAAUGGAGAAUAAUUUUAGAUAUAGACGUAAUUCUAUAAGUUUACCUACUUGUUGUAAUAUGAAUAUUAAUGAGAAAAUUAGAAUUUCAGAAGCAGAAUGAUAUUUUUAAUAUUUUUGGCUAGGUUUUCACACAAGUAGAAUAUACAUGCAACGAUUAUUUUCAUCCUUGCAUCAGAGCAUGGCAUGAUGGAGAUUUAUGUUACUGUUCUUCUCCCAUAUCUGUAACAGUCUAACUUGGUGCCAGAUUUCAAAGAACAGAUACAAGAUAUUUCCAUUGCAUGAUAACUCCACUUAAUUGAAACAAACUUAAUCAGUUAGAGUAUUUUUAAAGCUUAAAAUUGUGAAUUGUGCAUGACUUCUAAUGCAGUAUCAUUUGUAAAUAAUUUUGCAGCUCUGCUGUGCA